AUGGACGCAGUCAGACAGAAGAUGACUAGUCUAACGCCGUUCUCAAGGAAGCACAAGGUCACCGUAGUAGGCUCGGGCAACUGGGGCUCAACCAUCGCGAAGGUGGUCGCAGAAAACACGGCAGCUCACCCAGAUAUCUUCGAGAAAGAUGUGCAAAUGUGGGUGUACGAGGAGCAGGUUGAGCUUCCAAAAGACUCGAAACACUACAAAGAAGGAUCAGAGCUCUCAAAUGGUGCCCAACCUCUCACCAAGAUCAUCAACACAGUCCACGAAAAUAUCAGAUAUCUACCCAAGAUACCACUACCUGCAAACGUGGUCGCGAAUCCAUCCAUCACAGAUGCUGUCAAGGACUCGACUAUCCUGAUCUUCAACCUGCCUCAUCAGUUCAUCGUCAACCUAUGCAAACAGAUGCGCGGCCACAUCGCUCCUUAUGCUCGAGGAAUUUCAUGCAUAAAGGGCGUGAACGUGCAAGAGUCCUCGAUAAGUCUGUUUUCAGAAACAAUAGGCCAAGAGCUGGGGAUAUACUGCGGUGCUUUAUCAGGCGCCAACAUUGCGAACGAAGUCGCUCAAGAGAAAUGGUCAGAGACGACAAUUGCAUACGAUCCACCUCCCAUGGACUCUCAGAACCCUACGCCUGCCACAUCAAGAGGCCCCAGUCCGUCCGCUAGUCAUACAGAUCUAUCACAGCUGGUGCACAAGGAUGUCCACGGCAGACCAGUCAAGGCCAGGCUGAGACCACUCCCGGCGGAAUACAGCACUAUUGACCACGAACUCAUGAAGAAGCUCUUCCACCGGCCAUACUUCCACGUACGAGUUGUGUCCGAUGUCGCUGGCGUGUCAUUAGGCGGUGCUCUGAAGAACGUCAUUGCAGUAGCCGCCGGCUGGGUGGAUGGACUCGGCUGGGGUGACAACGCCAAGGCCGCCAUCAUGCGUGUUGGCCUGUCGGAGAUGGUUGACUUCGGCAAGAGGUUCUUCGGAGAGACAGUACACGCGCAGACAUUCACCGAGGAGUCGGCUGGGGUGGCAGAUUUGAUCACGACAUGCAGUGGUGGCAGGCAUGUGCGGUGUGCGAGGAUGAGUAUUCAGGAGGGGAAGACGAUCGAGGAGAUCGAAGCGAGAGAGCUCAAUGGGCAGAAGCUGCAAGGAAACGUCACAGCGUAUGAGAUCAAUACCUUCUUGAGGAGCCAAGGGUUGGAGAAGCAGUUCCCAUUGUUCACAGCCGUGUACUUGAUCCUGGAGGGGAAGGCGAAGGCUCAAGAUAUCCCGCAGCUGCUGGAGAAGGCGGACAACUGA